UACAUUAACACUUGUACCAACUCCCAAUAAAUGUCCAAAUCCCAUGAAGCCUAAUUUGAGCCAAGUUUUAAGUUUUUAAUGUCCCCAUCCACAAUCCACCUUCUAACAUCCACUGACAUACAUUACAUGUAUUUCAAUUCUCACCACAAAACUUGUAUAAUCUCCAAAAAUGGCUGCUUUAAGCACCCUUGAACUCAUGCUUCAUGACCUUCAAAGCAAAGAAAGUCUUGACCACUAUGGUGAUCAUGGAAAAAUACCGAUGUUGCCCCAACGUCCUGUUUCCAAGGCUCGGAUACCGACCAAUCGAGCUAGAAGGGCAGUUUUGUCAUUUCACAUGCAUGAGUUUGGUGGCAAGACGAAGAAAGAGUUUGUAGAUAGCCGAAGCAAGAGAGAUGGUUUUGAAUUCAUUGAAGGUGGUGUUACUUUUAGUAAGAAUCUAAUGAAAAACGGUGGAGAGGAAAAAGAUGAGAAGGGCAUAAUCGGAAUCCAAAAAAGUUUCCGUGGGUACCAAGCACGCUCUCAUUAUCACAUGCUUAAGGAUGCGAUUAUUACACUUCAAUCAUUUAUUCGUGGUGAAAAGGCAAGAAAAGAGUUUCAAAAUUCGACCAAAAGGUGCAUACAAACACACAUUGAUCAGGAGUUCGUUUGGAAACCAUUGAGGAAUCAGGAGACAACGAUCAUUUAUUUGCAAUCAGUGGUUCGAGCUUGGUUAAGUCGAAGACACCUUGGCUCUACAGGAACCGCGGCCAAUAAAAUUACAAAAGAAGCCGAAGAAUUACACGAAGAGAACAUACAAAAAUUGGAGCAUGUCAAGGUGUCACAAUCCUACAUUCGCAACCUUGAACAACAAGUUGUAAAGACCGAGGCUGCCUUGCGACACAAGGAACGGGAAAACUCUAACUUGGAGCUCCAAAUCCAACAAAUCGAUAGGAAAUGGGAGUUGCACAACGCUAAAAUGAAUUCAAAGGAGAAAAUAUGGCAAGAUGAGUUCACUUCUAUUCAAGUAAACUUGGAAUCAACUCGAGAAACAAAGUCGAAUGAGAUCAUUCAUUUUCCUCAAAAACCUACUCGACACCAAGACCAUUACAUGAAAACGAAUCUUACGAUUAGACAUAUACUUGAGCUCCAAGAAAAUAAUUCCGAUUUUCAAGUGGACAAUACUUUGGAGUCAAGAAAAGGCCGAAAACAGGAGCUUAGAAAGUUGAAGGGUCGGUUUAGGGCAUGGAUAAAAGAGUUUAAAGCUCGGUUACACGACGUAAAGAAAACACUUGAUAGAUUUGAGGAUGGUCAAACCGAAAGAGUCCAUAAAACUUGCUUUCAUAGAUGAUCAAACGGCAUAUAUGAUGGAAGAAGAUAAUUAAUCAUGCACAUAUACGUAUAUAUAGACAUACACACAAAUGUAAUUCAGAAAGGGUUCUCUACAUGCAUCGAUCGUGUAUAUUACUUUGAAACUUUUUAAGACUUUUUGACCUUGUCAUAUUCCAAGAUUUUUUGGAUGAUGUGAUAGUUUUAAUAUAAAUUGGAUGUCAUUUCCAAUA